AUGAGCCUCGAGACGCUCUCCGACACGCCGGACGCUCUCGAGAACCGCCUGUACACCGAGAUGGACCUCCUCUCGACGCACGUACUGGCCUGCCUCGGCGACAACGAGCUCGAUGAGCUCGUGCUACAGCGCACCAACUACCACGUCCUGGAGCAGGUACAGACGACGCUUUUGUUCGCUUGA